GUUACGGGCGAGAGAGCGUCACCACACGAUAAUCCGGUAGUGGGGGCUGAUGGUAGGGCGAGAAGGCCAGAAUUCGGUAUCAGCGAAAUUAUUUUCUUUCUUACAGUGAACGCGAAUGAUGAGAUCCGUGAAUCCGUGAGUUCAGCGUCGUGCCGUGGAUGGCGGUACAGCGAUUUACAAUUGAAUAAGUGCGCGAGUGAAACGAGUGACGGUGCGAUUGCCCGUUGGUAUAUCACUCGAGCUCGAUCGUUACGAGAAUCGUCGAUCUCUCUUGCUCUCACGGCCGGGGAUACCGGAAGAACUCGUCGUCGUCCUUGUUGAACUUGUCCGCGGAACGUAAGAGCGUUAUUAUUAUUAACGAUCGCUCCGUUUAACGUGCGAUUGUUCGUUUAUGUACGCUUUGCGAAUUGAAAGCAUGGAUGAUUGAAAAUUUUCAGGAUAGGUAUUACGAAUGGUUUGAAGUUAAUUAAUAGGGAGUUUGUGUGCGCGAGGCUGUCGUAGUCGAUUAUUUCGUUCGUCCGAGUGUGCUGUACUGGUUGUUGAAAGUACUGUAUAGUAGGAAGGAAGUAUGUCGAAAAACAAGUUGAACUUGACCCUUCCGCCAGGCUCGAUCGAACCUGCACCUGCGGUAUCACCAUCACCACCUGUGCCACCAAUACCAACAUAUACGGAGCCUCCGGUUAUACCUGAUGGAGUUAUGGGCAAAAUGAGCAUCGAUGCCAUUCGAGAGAGGCUAGAGGAGUUAGAGAUGGACGAAGAACAAAGGAAGAGACUGGAGAGCUUUCUGGGACAAAAAGAAAAAGUGGGUGAACUAUGCGACGAAGACUUUGAGAAACUUGGUGAAUUAGGUGCGGGAAAUGGUGGUGUAGUCAUGAAAGUUAGGCACAAAAAAUAUGGUCUCAUCAUGGCGAGAAAGUUAAUUCAUUUAGAAGUAAAGCCCGCCAUUAAAAAACAAAUAAUUAGAGAAUUGAAAGUACUUCAUGAAUGUAAUUUUGCACAUAUUGUUGGCUUUUACGGUGCUUUUUACAGCGAUGGAGAGAUUAGCAUAUGUAUGGAGUAUAUGGAUGGUGGAUCAUUGGAUCUUAUACUGAAGAAAGCUGGACGAAUACCAGAGCCUAUAUUGGGCACCAUCACAUUGGCGGUUCUAAAAGGUCUAAGUUAUUUAAGAGACAAGCAUGCGAUAAUGCAUCGUGAUGUUAAGCCAAGCAACAUUCUGGUCAAUAGUGCCGGUGAAAUAAAAAUCUGUGAUUUUGGAGUCUCCGGGCAAUUAAUUGACUCAAUGGCUAAUUCGUUUGUCGGAACCAGGAGCUAUAUGUCACCGGAAAGACUUCAAGGUACGCACUACUCGGUACAGAGUGACAUUUGGUCCCUCGGACUAUCCCUUGUGGAAAUGGCCAUCGGCAUGUAUCCGAUUCCACCACCGGAUGACAAGACAAUAGCAGCGAUAUUCGGCAUGCAACCGAGUGUCGCGGCUGACGGCGUUGCUGGCAACUGCAUAUCAACACCCACGACUCAAUCGUCCUCGCAUAGCCGAAGCAUGGGGCGCAUCGAGUACGAGAGUCACCAGGAUCCAAGCAGUCCAAGACCCAUGGCAAUAUUUGAAUUGCUCGAUUAUAUUGUUAACGAGCCACCUCCGAAAUUGCCAUCCGGAAUAUUCAGCGACAAUUUCACGGACUUUGUGAAUCGAUGUUUGAAAAAGAAUCCAGCGGAAAGAGCCGACCUCAAAACGCUUAUAAAUCACGAAUGGAUCAAGAAAGCCGAGUCGGAAAACGUUGAUAUUGCUGGAUGGGUGUGUCGGACAAUGGACAUACAGCCGACAACUCCUACACGUUUGGCGAACGUACAAUCCUGAAUAAAUGUCACUCUUACAUACUUGACAACUUGCAUUCACGUUCAGUACUCUUGAGUCGCAUUUCCGUUUCACUUUUAAUUACUACCACGUAAUUAUUACAAUAGUGGCGAUUUAUUUUCUUCCUUAAGAUU